AAAGUCCCGGAAUCCAGCAUGGAGACCGUGGAACAGCUCGUCACGUUUAACCACAUCCACGUCGAGUUAAACGGAGGUGCUCCAUGGGGAUUCACGUUGAAAGGAGGACUGGAGCACGGAGAGCCGCUCAUCGUUACUAAAAUAGAGGAAGGAGGGAAGGCAGCCGAGUGUAAGAAGUUGAGAGUGGGUGACGAACUGGUCAACAUCAACGGCUCUGCACUCUACGGCUCACGCCAGGAAGCUCUUAUUCUCAUCAAAGGUUCCUACAGGGUCCUCAAGAUUGUUGUUCGCAGACGCUCCGUCCCACUGUUCCGGCCUCAAUCCUGGCACCUGCUGAAGUCAUCUGAAGCACCCUCCGUGCCAGGUCCAGUAAGCGGUCCGGACGGCCCUCCGGCCAUGCAGCUCCACCCCACUCCCUUCAGUGUACCUUGGCACUCAGGGGGUGACAGUGAGCUGUCUAUGCCAUUGGGCCAUCUUUCCCGGCACUACAGCACAGACCGUAGCAGUUCAGUGGGGAGUAUGGAGAGUCUGGAGAACCCUCCAAAUCAGGGUUACUACGACAGCCAGCUUUCUCCAAUUGAUCCUGCCAUCUUUAACAAUAAGCGUGACUCUGCUUAUAGUUCCUUCUCUGCCAGCUCGAACACAUCUGACUACACAGUAUCCCUACGCCCUGAAGAGAAUAGCUCCAUGGACAGCCUCUUGCAAGGCUUUGGUCCCUCCUGUAGGUUUCCCGAGGGUCGCCCACACUCAGUGACCAGUGGUCCAGGAGAAAUGCAUUGUGAGGAGGGACUUAAGUCCAGGACUCUACCUUACAGGCCUGAAGGUAAAACACGUCCCUCAUCCUACGGUUACGAGGAAGAGAAAUGUGCACCCCCACCACCUCCCAUGAGGAAGGAGAGUUUCAGGGCCACUCGAACACAACCAGGAGUAACAGAUAAGCGCUGUGUCUCUGCUCCUGUUGGCAUUCCAAGUUUAAAUUGCACUAUUGAAGACCCACCUCAUGUACUAAAUGGCCGUGUUUGUUUGAAUGGUGCUCCAGAAAAUGACCAGGACUUGAAGGAUAAUAAAUCAGAGCCUUACUACGUAAAACAUCCUCAAAGAGACAUUUGUAAAAUUAUAAAAGACCCAUCAACAGAGCAAUGCCAAACUCUAGGCAGGUAUUCAACUAAAGCAGCAAAGAGUCCAGACAAUCAGCUCAACCAUUUUGAGAACAACCACCAGUCUAGGAUGCACAGACAUAGUGCCCCUGAAAAGCUACUUGCCUCUGAGUUAGGUAUGAUGGAACUUUCCAGUGACAAUAAGGAACACAUCAUAAGUCCUUCUAGCCAGUGGUCUAAUGCACUGCAUCCUAGGGAGGAGCUGACAGAAAACAGUUCGGAUGUUGUGGCUCAUGGUAAAUGGGGAGGAAGCAGGUGCUCUACCCCUGGUUCAGUGACCUAUUCAGAGCUGGGGGAGCAGGAUGAACCAAUAGACUCAAGCCAAAGACUCACUUCUGCACAUAAUUCCUGGGAAUGUUCCACCAGUGCACCAGGUGAAAAAAAUGCUGCACCCUCUAUAGACCCUCAAGUUCAGGAAAUAUGUUUUGGGACCAUUAGUUCUGCAUCCAGUAUGGACACUUUACUUGAAGAGAACCAGGAACAAGAAGAAAGCAGGGAAGAUGAAAGUGAGGUUUUGAAAGCCCCUCAGAAGCGGCACUUUCGCUCAUCAAAGUCACGCCGUCGCAAUGAACGUUUUGCCACAAACCUUCGCAAUGAGAUCCAGAGGCAGAAGGCUCAGCUACAUAAGUGCAAAGGCUCAGGAGGUCUACUCUGUGGUAGCGAAACAUUGGAGGAAGAGGAUUCUUCAAACAUCUAUAUGGAGGAAGCAUCCUCAUUUAAGCCUUCUUCAAUUAAUCAACACCAGGCACGAGCGCAUAACAGUCAAAACACCAGCUUCCAGAAUGUUGCCCCAACUCAGGUCAGAUCAUCAUUACCAGACAGAUUCUAUGGAUCAAAAGAUGUGGAAUCUUCAAGAAGCAAGACCGAAAACAUCCAUGUUUCACAGGAUGACACCCAUGGUGUCAAGUCAGUUGAGGUAUCCAGAUCUGUAAGUGUGCAAGUAGUUGAAGAGUUAGCUCCACCAGGUAAAGCCCGUCGCUGGCGUUGGACACCUGAACACAAACUGCAACCAGACACUGGAUCAAUUGAGAGGAAGAAGAGUGGUGAAGAAAAAAAACAGUCAUCUUGGAACUAUGGAACAACUAGAGGGAGAAUAGGGUCUACUGGUGGGCGCUCUAGUAGAGGAGAUGAUUGUGAUAUUCCACCUUUUGCAGACCGGAGGAAGUUCUUUGAGGAAACUAGCAAAAACCUGAGUCAGUCCGUGACCAACUUGGCUGGUUUGACGAGUCACCGCCAGAGACCAGAAAGGCCAGCGAGGAAGAAUGAGCUGUCUACGUCUGAGCCCAUUGAGUCGGUCUCUAAUCUUGGAUGCAGGAGAUUCUCAUACCAGGGUGGAGUUCAUGAUGUAGGCUCAACCGGUUCGCUUGAGACUCGAAGGCAGUUGGUUAAUGCACAUCACGAGAUUGACAGAGAAAGAGAAAAAACACUGGAGAGAGAACAAGUAAAGGAGAGAGAGCAAGAGGGUGAGAGAACACAGGAAAGAAAGCAAGAUAUACCCAAUGAACAGGAGAGGGUACAGGCAUGGACAAUGGCGCAAAAGCAGGACGAAGAAAGGGAGCAAGAAAGGUUGAGAAAAAAAAAUGAAAGAGAAUCUCAGAGAGUGCAACAGGUGGAGAGAGACUGGGAUAACAAUAGAGAGAACAUCUAUGCUGGACAUGACCUCAAAAAUAUCACAGUACUGCCACCUUUGCCUCAUGAAACCCAUCAAAAACAACCCUUCAUCUCUCAGAAUCUAUCCCACCAUAAUUAUAAUUCAGACAAUUCCAAUAUCAAGCACAACGCUGAUAUCCCAAAGCCAUGCUCAGCCUUCCGACCUGUAACUAGCCAGCAGUAUCAAUCAACCCAGUAUUUUCGACACCCUGGAUUCCAGACCAGGAGCUGCACCCCAACAGAGGUUUAUCCUGUACAGAAACUGGAACAAACAAAACUCAACAGGAAGUUCAGCCUAACUGAGAGGGAUUAUGUUCAAUGUAGAUGUGACUGCAGACAGGAAGACCUCUCUGUGGGUUGGGGCAUUCAGGGUCAGCGCAACAACAGACUACCUGCAGGCAACAAUGAGAAGGAGGCGUUUAUGUUAUCACCACUCAGAAACCGUGCAAUGUCGGAAAACGAUAUCCGGAUAGAUACCCAGUCUCUUCAUAGCCAUGUUGCUGCUGCUAGCACUACCAGAAUGUCUUCGUCUGUCCUCAAAGAACUGGAUGAAAACGUUGUACCUGUUGAUGGGCCAAAGAAGAAAAAAGGUCCUGCUCCUCCUCGUCCACCUCCUCCCAAAUGGGAGCAGUUUCAUAAGAGAAGAGCAUCACAUCACAAUCUCUUCUCCUCCCAGUCUGCAUUUUCUUCUCAGGUGCAAGUGUAUACCCCCGGUCCCCCUACUGUUUCUGAAAUGGCACGUCAGCGCUCCUACAGUCUUCCUCCAAGAGAUGGGACAGAAAGUCACCAACAGGGCUACCAAACGUGUCCACCAGCUCCUGCCUUUAAUCACAGCGCUUUCAAACCGGUGACUCCGCCUUCAAAAGAACAAGAGACUAACAGAUCUCAACACUAUGAUGUGAACAGUAGGACAGACAUUCCCUCACCUUCCACUGAGAACAGCUCAAGAUUGUCAGACCAGAGUCUAACAGAUCAGCACAGACCAGCUGUAUUAAAGCCAGUCAUCCAUAAACAUAAAGCGGAGUGGGACCUCACCUCCCCUCACAACUACACAGUGACCACCACUUCCAGAAAGUCACCAGGACCUGCCCCGUCAUUAGAGAAUGGUUCUUGCACUGUCCUUGCUUCUCCUCAGUCCUGCUUCUCCAUAAACAACAAUCACCAACAGCACUUACAGAAUCGGUCUCAGCAAACGAGCAUUUCUGACGCAUCCUUAAAGAAUCUGGAAACUUCUGGUCAAUGUUCACCUCCCAGCAACGAUCAGAUGUUGCCCUUUGAGACCGAUAUUGAUGAGAUCCACGAAAACCAAGCUGCUUCAGAGGAGCAGCAGAAGCAGACAGAAGAAAGGGCAGAGAUGCAGUGUUACGCUCAGCCAGUGACUGUGCUGGAAACUGACAUUGACACUGUGACUGUAGAGACAACUUCAUUAACAGGAAUGAGGAGAGGGCAGAGGGCAUCUGUUGUGGAUUCUUUGUUGGAAGAGAAUUGUGGUAGAGCCCGGAAGGAACUUAUGGGAGAGUUGUUCCCUCAGUACGCACAAGCAAAGACUGGGGCAGAGGGUUGGAGAGGAGGCUACCCAGUGAGUGGAGACACCCUAGAGAGGUCCUCUAGACAGAGCUCAUUAGCAUUACAAGACCCAGCCUCCGCCAGCUACAAAGCUCAACUCCUCAAUAAGAUGCCAAACUUCUCUAAUGUAAAGGAGGAGGAUGAAGAGCUCAAUUACAAGAAGCAGUUGAUGGAAAGCUUGCGUAAGAAGCUGGGUGUGUUGCGUGAAGCUCAACGGGGCCUGCAGGAGGAUAUCAGAGCCAACGCUCAGCUGGGUGAGGAGGUGGAAAGUCUAGUGCUGGCAGUCUGCAAACCGAAUGAAGUGGAUAAGUUCCGCAUGUUCAUCGGGGACCUGGAUAAAGUGACCAGUCUGCUGCUAUCGCUCUCGGGCAGGCUGCUUAGGGUGGAGAGUGCUCUUGAGUGCCUGGACCCAGAAUCUUGCCACCGUGAGAGGCUCCCCCUAAUGGAGAAGAAGAAGCAGCUCUUGGAGCAGCUGGCUGAGGCUCAGGAGCUGAAGGAGCAUGUGGACAGGCGAGAGGAAGCCGUGGGCAGAGUCCUGGGUCGCUGUCUGACCCCGGAGCAGCUGAGGGACUACAGUCAUUUUGUGAAGAUGAAGGCAGCACUGCUGGUAGAACAGCGGCAGCUGGAUGACAAGAUCCGUCUCGGCGAGGAGCAGCUCAACGGUCUGAAGGAGAGUCUCGGGAUGGGAUUUUGUCCUUAUUGAAGGCGGGAAACGAGGGAAGCGGAGCAGGUCGUUUAAUGUGUGCAUGGACGAUGAACAUGGAUGCAUGGAUGUCUUUUGUUUAAGUGCUUGGCGCCGUGUAUCCAUUCACACUGAAGCACUACCUGAUCGAGCAUUUAAUUACUUCAGAAUCAGACCUAAGCCUCACCGCAAUGUGUGGGCAUCUUCUACCAUCAACUGAGAGACUGUUCAUGCACUGCUAUUUAUUUAUUUAUCCCUCUCUGUCUCUGUCUCUCAGCUAAAUCUGAAAACGUUCAGUGCCAUGUUGGAUUCUCUUCACUGAGAUUUGAGCGAACUGAGAGCUAAUAUGCAUAUUGAUACAACGCAAAAUUCAACGAAACACUAUUUACUCCUGAAAACAUGCAGAAGAGAGUGUUCUUAAUGGCUGUAAAUUUGCCAUACCGACGGUGACCCUGACCGUGACCCUGAGCGUAAAAAAGCUCUGCACUCUCGGUUAAAUCUUCCUUAACAAUGCAUUUACGUUCUCUAGCGGCUUUAUUCUGGCCAGGGUCGCAGUGGCACCUGCACAAGCUGAAAAAACUGGAUACAAUUAGUGAAAGAACGUUAUCUCUGAUGUGCCGAGUAGAGAUGUUUUGCUGCAGUAGUAAAGCAACACUGAUAUUCCACCAUCGCCAUAUUGAAAGUAAUAUGGACGUUUAAAUGAGGUGGAGACUUCAGUCUGGUUUUGUUGUUGUUGGAGAAACGUGUCUGCACUUCUUUUUCCAUUAUUAGUUCAUUCCUCCGUUCAGAUAAUUCAUGUCUUCAUUAAGAGCAUAACAUACUCUUUAUUUUUAUUAUUGGGUGCUUUACUGUAACUGUCAAUCUAUUUGUUGCCAAAGAUUUGUCUUUUAAUGAAAGGACAGAAACAUGGUGCUUGUUGUUGAAACAUGCAGUAACUGAUCUCUUGAUGUCUGCAUGGUGCAGAAAGAUCUUUAGCUGUGUAAAUUCACUACAGCAAUUCGUAUAUUGUUAAUAAUUAUUCACGUUGCCAGUGUUAUAAAGGCCAUGUGUAAUAUAAUGUAUUUUCUGACUGUAAUAUGUUAAACUGCUUAAUCAUUUAAUCCUCAGAGAGAGUGAAGAUCUCUAGAGGAAAUAAUGCUGCUUUAUUAAACAUUUAAUGCCCUUAGUGUUUAAAAAAGCAUUUUCGUUUCAGCCAACAAUAUAUUGAAUAAUAUAUUGAUUUUUUUAUUAUUAUUUUUUAUUUUGGAUUUUCUUUUAAGGGCUAUCAGCAUUUUUUACUAUGCCAAAAAACGAAUGUGUAUUUGUUGCAGCGUACUGACGUAUACUUUUCCACUGUAUAGAUAGUCUUUUUCUGUACUCUUUAUAUUGUUGUAUUAUACCUUCAUAAAUAACUUCAGCCGGAAAAUGUAAGAAAAUAUUUGGUUGAGCUAUAACUGAGUCCCUCAGUUUUUGUAUUGAAAAUUAA